AUGGAUGAAUUCGUGAUUCUAGAUGUUGAUCGUGAUUAUGAACUUCAGCAUUCUUCGAUUUCCGAGUUUGAUCGUGAUUGUGAAGUUGUUUUUCCGUCUUCUACUGGAUUGCUGAAUUCAUUUGUUGAUCAAUUGGGUACUAGUGAUGAAAUUAUGUUUGAAGAGGCAACUAAAUCAGAGUUACUUUAUAAAGAUUUUAAUUCUGAAGAAGAAGCUUAUGAUAUUUAUAAUGAAUAUGCUUUUAAGCAUGGAUUUGGGAUUAGAAUUGAUAAAAGUAAAAGUCGAAAUGAUGGCUCUUUGAAGAUGAAAAGAUUUGUUUGUUGCAAUGAAGGUUGGAAGGAUGAGAAGGCAAAGAAUAAAAGGACUUAUGAGAGACUUAAUAUAAGAACUGGUUGUUGGGCUUUUAUUCAGUUUAAGAUUGAUCGUUUAGGUUUAUGGACAUGUACAAAGCAUCACAUGAAACAUAAUCAUCAUAUGAUUCCUCUUGAAAAGAGACAUUUGUUAAGGUCUCAAAGGAAUGUUUCUAAAGAAAAUUUGCAAUUCAUGUCUACAUUGAGGUGUAGUGGAGUUAAAAUUUCUGCAGCCUUGAGGGCAAUGAAAAAGGAUGUUGGUGGCUCUCCUAAUUUAGGAUUUACAGCACCGGAUGCCUAUAAUGCUUUAUCUGCUGAAAAACGAGCUUUACUUGAUGGUUGUGACAGUCAUCAAUUGAUCAAAUACUUUGCUAAAAGACAACUUGAUGAAGCUGAAUUUUACUAUGACUUUGAACCAGAUGAGGAUGGGUGUUUAGUUAACUUUUUUUGGCGUGAUGGUCGGAUGAAGAGAGAUUAUGAGUAUUUUGGAGAUUUGCUGGUUUUUGAUACCACGUAUAGGACAAAUAAAUAUGGAAUGAUUUGUGCUCCAUUUGUUGGUAUGAAUCAUCAUGCUAAUAAUCUCAUGUUUGGUAUGGGUUUUAUUUUCAAUGAGCGAACCGAGUCUUUUGUGUGGCUUUUUGAUACAUUCUUGAAAUCUAUGGGAAACAAAAGUCCUAUCACAAUUAUGACAGAUCAAGCUCAAGCUAUUGCAGCUGGUAUUCGGAAUGUAUUUCCUCCAAGUGUGCAUCAUCGUCUUUGUGUUUGGCACAUUGAGCAAAAUUCAAAGAAGCAUAUUGGGGCUUUGAGAGCUUUGGAUGGAUUUACAGAUUUGUUUGGUUAUUUGCUCAAGUAUUGUGAAACCCCUGCUGAGUUUGAACAUUUUUGGAAAAGGUAUUGA